AGUUUCAACCAAAAUGAUCAGUACCAAUAGUUAUUAGCUUAGAGAGAUUUAGUUGAAAAUGGGAGAAACACGAAGUGAGGUAGCAUGGGAGAAGAAGGAAGAGGAUGAAGAAAAAGAAGAAGCAGAAGCUCAAGUUGAAAUUUGGAAGUACGUAUUUGGUUUUGUAGAACAGUCUGUGGUGAGAUGUGCAAUUCAACUUGGCAUAGCUGAAGCCAUCGAAAAGCACAAAAAACCCAUAUCACUAUUAGAGUUAUCAUCAACUCUAAAAUGCGACCCUUCCUAUCUUAACCGCAUCAUGAGAUUCCUAGUACAUAGGAAAAUAUUCAAAAACAUAUCUACCAACCAUGACAACUAUCCCAGUUAUGUUCAAACCCCACUUUCUCGCCGUUUUAUUCGAAACGGCGAGCAAAGCAUAGCUGCUCUUCUUUUACUAGAAAGCAGUCCUGUUAUGGUAGCACCUUGGCUUAGUCUCAGUGACCGUGUUUUGGUAAAUGGAAACCCUUCUUUUAAGAAGGUUCAUGGUGAAGAUGUUUGGCGCUAUGCUGCUUCAAAUCUUGAUCAUAGUAAUCUUAUUAAUGAUGCUAUGGCUUGUGAUGCUAGAGUUGUUGUGCCUGCUAUUGCUGAACGUUGUAGUGAGCUGUUUGAUGGUGUUGGAUCCUUGGUGGAUGUUGGUGGUGGGAAUGGUACGACCUUGAGCAUCCUUGUUAAGGCUUUUCCUUGGAUUCGAGGAAUUAACUUUGAUCUUCCACAUGUCAUUGAUGUGGCUCCAAAGUGUGAUGGGGUAGAACAUGUCGCAGGUGACAUGUUUACAACUGUUCCCAAAGCCGAUGCUGUCAUUUUUAAGUGGGUUUUGCAUGAUUGGGGAGAUGAAGAGUGCAUCCAAAUCUUAAAGAAUUGUAGGGAGGCUAUACCAAAAGAAAAUGGAAAAGUGAUUAUUGUUGACGUGAUUAUUGAAGAAGAGGGAGGAAAACCCAACAAGUACGAUGAUGUAGGGUUAAUGUUAGACAUGGUGAUGAUGGCACAUACGGACAUUGGAAAAGAGAGAACACUAAAAGAGUGGGAGCAUGUGAUCAAAAUGGCUGGAUUCAACACAUUCACUGUGAAAUCUAUCGAUGCCGUGCAGUCUGUAAUUGUGGCCUCAGGCUAAAAUUAUGACAGAGGAAGCACUGAAAAAUCAAUUAUUGUCGUGAAAAUAAUAAACAUAUAUGUUGUGUCGGUCAUGAAUGUUUCAACUUUGUUAUGUUGUAUUUGUAUUAGUGUGUGUGACGCAUUAAAGCUUUUGUACAAGGUUACAAGCCCCUGAACUUAAUUUAUAUAAUAUGUCCAUGAUUCAUUAUGGAAUUUAUAUUCGUAUGGACAAUAAAAUGUUGUAAUGUUGUACCUGUCCGGAAUCCCUAAUUUUUUAAUAUUUCCAAAA